AUGGGCAAAGUGCGCCGACAGAGGAAAAAGUUUCACUUGGAGGCCUCGCCGCAAGCCCCCAAGCCCCAAGAGACACCCAUCGCAGGCCCGGUCUCAGAAUUGGUUAUCAAGCCCCAGGAAAAUAUUUUCGAGGGGCUUCGCAUCGAUUUUGAUUCACUAAACAAGAACCUUGAUGAUGUGAGAAGUGUGAAAUCGUUUAAAUCUGUAAAGUCCGAAUCUGGGAAAAGUCUUUCCAAGAAAGAGAAGUUAAAGUUGCGCCGAGAAAUGCUUAUGAAAAAGUUUGAAGUAAUGAACCAGGAAAAAUUACGCGACAAGAGGAAGAAAACGCCGGUGGUUGGUGAUAUGAAUCCGCUUCAUGAUGCCUUACCUUCGUUGGAAAGUUUGUUGAAAAGUAGGAGCAGUAUUCCAUUUAAACAAAAUGCGCAACCAAAGAAGAAAAAAGGGAUUGAGAAGAACAAAAAAAUUAAGAAGAAUCAGUUGCAAGGAAUCAAGAUGUUCCAGCAUAUUAUGAAGAAUAAACAGUUUGUGAAAAAUCCCAAACGAGUGAUAGACCAACAUGUUAAGACUUUGUUAGAACAGGAAAAAAAGAGUUAA